GGCCCUCGCCGCCGCGCAGUCCCGGCCCCGCUGCGGGCAUGGCGGCCAGCCUGUGGAUGGGCGACCUAGAGCCCUACAUGGAUGAGAACUUCAUCUCCAGAGCCUUUGCCACCAUGGGGGAGACCGUGAUGAGCGUCAAAAUUAUCCGAAACCGCCUCACUGGGAUCCCAGCUGGCUACUGCUUUGUAGAAUUUGCAGAUUUGGCCACAGCAGAGAAGUGUUUGCAUAAAAUUAAUGGGAAACCCCUUCCAGGAGCCACACCUGCAAAGCGUUUUAAAUUGAACUAUGCCACUUAUGGAAAACAACCAGAUAACAGCCCUGAGUACUCCCUCUUUGUGGGGGACCUGACCCCAGAUGUGGAUGAUGGCAUGCUGUAUGAAUUCUUCGUCAAAGUCUAUCCCUCCUGUCGGGGAGGCAAGGUGGUUUUGGACCAGACAGGCGUGUCUAAGGGCUAUGGUUUUGUGAAAUUCACAGAUGAACUAGAACAGAAGCGAGCCCUGACAGAGUGCCAGGGAGCAGUGGGAUUGGGGUCUAAACCAGUGCGACUGAGCGUGGCAAUCCCUAAAGCGAGUCGUGUGAAGCCCAUGGAAUAUAGUCAGAUGUACAGUUACAGCUACAACCAGUAUUAUCAGCAGUACCAGAACUAUUAUGCCCAGUGGGGCUAUGACCAGAACACAGGCAGCUACAGUUACAGCUACCCCCAGUAUGGCUAUACCCAGAGCACCAUGCAGACAUACGAAGAAGUUGGAGAUGACGCAUUAGAAGACCCCACGCCUCAAUUGGAUGUGACAGAAGCCAACAAGGAGUUCAUGGAACAGAGUGAGGAGCUGUAUGAUGCAUUGAUGGACUGUCACUGGCAACCCCUGGACACAGUGUCUUCAGAGAUCCCUGCCAUGAUGUAGCCAAGACAAACAAGCCAGAAUGGACUGAAGGAAAUGAAAUCAAAAACCAGACCUUUUUUUUUAAAAUGUUUUAUAUUACUAUUAAGACAACCGUUUUCUGAGUGUUUCUGCCCUUUGAAUUUGAAAGCUAAGGAGCCAGCUAUUCAAGACUGGACAUGGUUCCCAUCUGCCUUUGGACAGGAGAGCCCAGCUAGGGUGGGAUAUACUUGACUCAGCUUUCAGGUAACAGGCUUGUAAAUAUUUGUAGUUGUGACUAGACUGGGCACUAAAGCAGGCCAAUGAGUGGCAAAGAAGAGGUAGUGCAGCUAAUUCUACAUAAGACACAAAGCUUGUAGCCUGCUGAGGCCCAGCUUAGAUUUUUUUAAAAGUCCAUAUUAAAGGGCAUUACCAAGCCAUGUAGGGGCCGUGCCCAUCACCUCUUGACUGUCAUCUAAAUGGAGUAUAUAGGAAAUAGUUCAGCAUGAAUUCUCACUCAGCACAGUAGACUGUGUGGCUAGUCAUGGUGUCUAGAGGUGAACCUUUUAUUCAUUCUGGGUCUAAUCAACUCAAGGGAUACAAAAAACUCACAAGCAAACUUUAGCCAAUCUUAUUUUUUUUUUAAAGAUUUAUUUAUUUAUUUACUUAUUUAUUUAUUUAAGCACUGGGUACAGUCAGAAGCGCGGGAGGGUGAGAGAAUUCACCAGAGCCAGAGCAGGGAGCAGAGCAGCCAGAAGGACCGAAGUACACUGCUGAGGGGAGCAGCGGGCAGCAGGAGAGGUCUGCGUGCCAUGUGGGACCCUCCUCCGGUGGCCGGGGAGCAGCCGGGGAUCGAACUGGAGCUGCAGAGGCUGCAGGUAGCUUCGCAACCCAGCGCUCAACCGCUGCGCCACUGGGGAGACCCUAGCCAAUCUUGUAUAAAUAAAUAAAUA